AUGGCUGAAAAGGAUGCCGCCGCCCGUUUGCGCCGUGCAGUAAAGGAGAACAACCUUUUUCUGGUGAAAAGACUCAUUGAACGGACCGACAUGCGCAACAUCGACCCAGGACCACGUCGGUAUACGUCGCUGGCCUGGGCAGCAGUGCUGGGCCAUGAGGAAACCUUUGAAUUUCUACUGUCCGAGGGUCACGAUGAUUACGAGUUCAGUCGAGACCAAAAGCCCCCUUCCGCCACGUCGUACCAUUCCAUGCCAAGCGGUGACACCCUCCAGGCCACUUUACGGAUGGCACGACUCUACUAUGAUCGCUACCCCCAAGUCCUGGACUGGUCAAAUAGCCAAGGCAAGACGGCACUUCAUAUAGCUGCUCUGAGAGGAAAUGAGGAACUCGUUAGGAUGUUAUGCGAUCUCAAUGCCGAUGUUGACCUGCCGGAUAACAAGGGAAAUGCACCACUGCAUUCGGCUAGUGCAUGGGGCCAUAUUCCUGUCGUGCAACUAUUGAUAGAAAGAGGGUGCUCAUACACCGUUCGCAACAAUGACGGGUUCACCGCGUCUGACUAUGCAUACUCAUACAGUACUCUGGAGACACUCCAAGACACCGUCAGACUCCAGUUUGAAAAUAACAAAAAGUCGCGACGUGCUAUAUUUGCGCAGAACAGGAACGAGUGGGGUGGAGCUGGGCCUUCGAUCUCGAACUCUUCCCAAAAUAUCCGCUCAGCCACAUCGAGAAUGCGCAGUGGAUCUGGGACCAGCAGGACGACGGUCACGUCGGACAGCGGAGAGUUGGAAAGCAACGGGUUAACUCCGGCUCCACUUAGCCAAUCGUCGUUGUCCGCUUCUUCGUCGCCCUCACAACCGUCUGGCGGCUCAAGUACGCCCUACCACACCCCGCAGCACACCAAUGGCACCAUGUCAGCCCUAUCACCGUUCGCCACACGAGUACGGGAACGGGAUGCCGACGCAAUGGAGAAAUACAUGAAAAGAAAUCGGAGUGGAAGCCAAGGAACAUCCUCAACAGAUAACAGAUCACAGAACGGAUCUUCAUCAGCAGGUGCUGCAUGUCCCUCGUUACACGAGGAUGAUGUUUCCACCAAUCUCCCUCCAAGUGGGUCUACAACACCAAGACGAUUGCGACCGUCCAUGUCUGCGUCUCAAUUACUAUCCAAACCUCCAUCCCUAUCAAACUCCACACAGCCGGAGAACCGAAUACGGGCUGGCACCAAUCCUACAUCUUCCCGUCCCUCGAUAUUUCCCCGGCCAUUGCUUUCGCGAUCAUCGUCGAUAUCCAACUCUACCCGUCCCCUAGCCUCGGUCAGCGAUAACCUCUUUGAGGAGCCUGAGAAUUAUACCGGGCCUCCGAGCCAAUACGCUCAGUUUCCGGAGCCACCCCUUCCUCCUGAAGAUAACAGCACUCCAAUAGCUGGACGGAGAAUGGGUUUCCACCCUUUAGUCAAGCCUCUGUAUGGUAUUGACUCGCUUACGAGUCACAGGAGAGGCCUGUCCACAUCCUCUUUUCGCUCAUAG